GUGACAAAUGCACACAGUCUGUCAAACCUGCAUGUCCACAUCAUCUCUGAUGAAGAUCAUGAGCAUUUAUGUCGCAGAUUAAUCACUUAUAUUAGACACACAUCGACUGGAGCAGAGGCGCUGAAAUGAGAGCAGGUUUGAGUUUCCUGCACUUCUGUUUGCUGCUUCCUGUGGUCAGAGGCACGUUAUCAAAGACAGAUGCCAAAAAAGCCAGUAAGACCCAGGAGGUGGAGACAUCAGUGGCGGAUCGGCCGGCGCAGGACCGGGGUCUGCUGGUGACGGACCCUCAGUGGAGGGACAUCGUGAGAGAGGAGAAGAGGUUUUGUCCUCAGUGUGUGUCUACACGACACUUUAAAGGCAGUGUGCUGGGAUACAUCACACCUUGGAACGCUCAUGGAUAUGACAUUGCUAAGUUGUUUGGUCCGAAGCUGUCGUCCGUGUCUCCGGUGUGGCUUCAGCUGAGACGAAGAGGACCAGAGAGCUUCCACAUCACCGGUCUUCACGACCACGACCCCGGUUGGGUCAAAGCCGUAAGGAAGGCCAAUAAAAAAAACAAAAUACUUCCUCGGCUGCUGUUUGACGGAUGGUCCUAUCAGGACUACAUGAGCGUCCUGGACAGUGAGGAUGAGAUGGAGGAGUUGGGUCGAGAGAUGCUGGAAGUGGCAAAGGCCGAAGGGUUUGACGGGUACACACUGGAGUUAUGGAGUCAGCUCGGAGGAAACAAGAGAAAUGAGCUGGUGCACAUGGUCACACACCUGUGUGAGACUCUGAAUGCUGGGAAGUUGACCUGUGUGCUGGUCAUCCCUCCUCCAGUCGCGCCUGGGUCGGGUCAGCCCGGCAUGUUCGGCCGAGAGGAUUUUGAGAAACUGGCCCCUGUGGUGGACGCCUUCAGCCUGAUGACGUACGAUUACUCAGGACCGGGCAGGCCGGGUCCGAGCUCUCCGCUGCCCUGGGUCAGAGAGUGUGUGCUUCAGCUCGCCCCUCACAACCAGUGGAGACACAAGAUCCUGCUGGGAAUCAACAUGUACGGCCUGGACUUCAGCAGCCACGGCGGAGCGGAGCCACUGCUGGGCGGGAGGUAUGUUGAACUGCUGAAGGAAGUGAAACCCAAACUGCAAUGGGAUGAAAACACUGGAGAACAUUUCUUCAAUUACAAAAGGAAUAACGGAUUGAAGCAUGUUGUUUACUAUCCCACUUUAAAGUUUCUCCAGCUUCGUAUCGCUUUGGCAACUGAACUGGGAACAGGAAUUUCCAUGUGGGAAUUGGGACAAGGACUGGACUAUUUCUAUGAGCUUUUGUGACCUGUGAUCUGACUUACAUCUCCUUCCAAAUAAUAAAGUGUGAUUUAUCAAAGCACUUUGUGAUAUUUAUGACGAUACUGUUGCUGAGCAUGCCAAUAAAAUUAUUUUUUAAUGACA